GUGCAAGACCAUGCCACCCUUAAGCUGUAUUUUUAUUUUAUUUUAUAUUAUUGUGCAUGUAUUUGUGUUUUUUCUUCUGUUGGCUAAAAGGUCGGUCAAAGGAUGCCCUGUAUACAAAAUCAUUGAAACUGUCAGGUCACAAUUUUUAUCAAAUCAUCGAAUCAACUCGAUUUACGGAAUGAAACGAUUUAUCGGGGCAUUGAAAAUCAUCCAAUUCAAGAAAAUUUUCGGAAUAUUCCCACUUUUCACAGCACUUAAAUUAUUGAGUAGAUGCCCCUCUUGGCCAACCUACCCAUGUGCAGCACAUGGCUGCUAAUUCCUUUCCAGUUUCCCAAUCCUCAAAUCAAGCAUCCAACUUUGAUCUACCAAAUAAUAAAAAGAGAACACACCACCAACCAUUAGAAAACCCAAUAAACACCCACAAAAGCAGCUUCUUCUUCUUCUUCCUCCUUAUCCUCUCCUCAUCAGAUCGAUCACAUUCUCUCUGACAAACAUGAACCUGCCUAGAACCAGAACAACAACAACAACAACAAAAUCAAUAUUGUUGUUUUCUCCCCUUGUAACUUUGUGCUUUCUCUUAUCUUACACUGACUGGAUUACUACAGGAUGUUCAUGUUCUGCCCUCAGCGUGUGGAUGCUACCUUCUGUGGGACUGGUUUUGAUGGUGACAUUGGUGAUAGUCGCCGCUCGGGCCACCAUGGUGACAUGGAUCACAGUGCUGGUGCUGCUGUCCUUUGCAGGAAAGCGUCGCCGGGUGCUGGCUCAACAUGGAAGGAAGAUCACUGCUGAUGUUGCAAUGCAUUUGUUCAGGAUUUUGCUCAAAGAAAGAGGCCUUGUCGCGGUGGUUUGUGCAACAAUUGUGAGCCUCAUGGCCAUGGUUCGCCUGAGAGAGGCUGAAUAAUUUCUUCCUUUUAUUUCCCCUCUUUUGUAGAGUUGUUCUCAAAAGAUGUUAAAAAGGAAACUUUCCCAACUUGCAUUUGGGAUAUUCCAGUUGAGAAGUAGAUUGAGACCCCUUCUCCUUAGAAGUCCCUGCCGUUUUUUGGGGGGCAUUCUGCACUUGGAAUCAAUAUAGGGGCUCUCUGUAAUUUGUCUAUACUGUAGUGGCUAGGAUUCUCAGUUAUAUUGUAAAUUGUUUAAAUAUUAUAUCUAACUCAAACUGGGAUCUUUUUUGUUG